UUCUCUCUUCUUUCUCUCUCUUCUCUUUCACUUCUCUCUUCUUUUCUCUCUUCUUUCUUUUCUCUCGUCUUUUUCACAGCCUUCGUCUACCCAUAAAUCAACUGAAGAGCUAAAGUUCGAAACCCCCUCUCUGUCUUCUUUCUCUCUCCUCCUGUUCACACUCUUACCCCUUCGCCUACUCCCCUUAAAUCAUCGGAAAAGAGCCUUUCGAUCGAAUUCUACAAAACCCAUUUCCCAGAUUCCAAUUUAACCCCCAUUUUUAGCCUGGAAUUAUUCCUCCAAAUCCCCCUGUUCAAGCUUCAAGCCAUGAAAAACAGCGGUUCUGAUGGCCGGAGAACCACCUUUCUGGCAGUUUCUCCCGGAAGCUUCUUUUCCACAUCGAAAAGAGAGAACCCAACCUGUUGAUGGAUGGUUUUAGUCUGAUAAUUCCUUUCCUUGAAGGCGCCCCAACUCCUGGUUUUUGCAGAGAAAACACUUUUUCUCCAUGGAUGAGAAGAAGCCCAAUCCGAAAUCCACAUUUUCAAGUGAUUUUUCAAGCUCGGAAACCACCAUCGAUUCGAUGGCCUCGUCUUCGUAUCUAAUUGGCGAUCAAAGUGAUGAACUAUUGAGUGGUUUUGAGUGGGGCGGAUAUAGCGGUUUUCAGGCAUUUUUGGAAGAGUUUUCAGGCCAAAAGGUGCCGGAAAACCACUCUUGGCCACAAUUUCCGGCGACCACCAAACCAGGAGAGGCCUCUACUCCUAAUUUAUCGGUUUCUUCCUCUUCUAGUGAUGAUUUGUCCACAAAACCAAGUGAUGAUACAAAACCAGAUCAAAAAAAGAAUAAAGAGAAGAAGAAAGGUCAAAAGAGAAUAAGGCAACCAAGGUUUGCUUUCAUGACUAAGAGUGAGGUAGAUCACUUAGAAGAUGGCUAUCGCUGGAGAAAAUAUGGGCAAAAAGCUGUGAAAAAUAGUCCAUUUCCAAGGAGUUACUAUCGGUGCACUAAUCAGAAGUGCACGGUAAAGAAGCGGGUCGAACGAUCCUCCGAAGACCCGAGCAUCGUGGUCACAACAUAUGAAGGCCAACAUUGUCACCACACAGUCUCGUUCUCACGUGGGAACCCCGGGCCUCGAGAAGGAGCCUUCCAGGAGCAAAUCCCCACCUCUUCUUCGAAUCGAUAUUUCCCACCCAUGCAAUUCCGGUCGGUGGUGCCGCCACAGGUUCAGCUAGGCCAAGCGGCACGCAUAUCGAAUGAUCAAAGUACUGAGAUCCAAAACGAUGAGGGUUUGUUGGGAGAUAUCGUGCCCGGAUCCAUGCGUAGCACGUGAGGCAUGAGAGUUGACACCUAUAUACUCUGGCUAAAUCGUGCCACGUGUUGAGAAUCCCCUGGCUGAAGGGAUUGCCUAUGGAAUCAAAGUACGUGUCGCGUUCACCAUCGUCCACUUUUCACACGCGUGAUACCAUGACGUCAUCGACCCUACAACCCAGCCGCGAUACGCGCCGCAAUUCCUCGGCAUGAAUAGCGGAACGGGGACAUCGCCAAAAGGUCGCCAAUUCCUCGGCGUCCGCUUGUGUGCGCUUUGAGGGGAGAAAUGACUAAAGUGCCCCAUUUGUGUUUCUCUCCGUGUCUAAAAUGCCCCUGUUUAUAUAAAAAGGCCGAUGUCGUUUCAUUACAAUUCACGGCUUCAAAAACUACUAACUAAUUCAAAAACGGGU